AUGAUGACGACGGAGCAAAGGCAUGACAACGACAACACCAAAUCAGUCAUCAACACAUCCUUUGCCAGAGAUGAAAAUCAACUUCUUCCAUAUGGACUCCAAACUCAAUUACCUACAGCCUGUAAAUUCUGGAACCGCAGCAAGACAGAGAAGAUUAUAAGUUACACUCCAGCUAUUGAUAUCUGGAGUAUAGGAUGUAUAUUUGCAGAAAUGCUUGUUGGGAAACCACUGUUUCCUGGGAAGAAUGUGGUGCACGAGUUGGAUCUGAUAACUGAUUUGCUUGGCACGCCUCCUGCAGAAUCCAUUGCAAGGAUUCGAAAUGAAAAGGCCAGAAGAUAUUUAAGUACCAUGAGGAAGAAAGAACCUGUUCCUUUCUCACAGAAAUUCCCUAAUGCCGAUCCAUUGGCUCUUUGUUUACUUAAGCGUUUGCUUACUUUCGAUCCCAAAGAUCCUGAUCCAUAUUUUUAUGGUUUAGCAGAUCUGAAGCAAGAACCAUCCUCACAGCCCAUUUCAAAACUUGAGUUUGAGUUUGAAAGGAGGAAAUUGACAAAAGACGAUGUAAGGGAGCUAAUUUAUAGAGAGAUCUUGGAGUAUCAUCCACAAAUGCUGCAGGAGUACCUUCGUGGUGUAGAUCAGACUAGCUUCAUGUAUCCAAGUGGAAUUGAUCGAUUUAAUCAACAAUUUACCCAUCUUGAGGAGCACUAUGGUAAAGGAGAACAAAGUACUCCACUCCGAAAAUAUGCCUCCUUACCUAGGGAGCGGGUCUGUACACCCAAAGCCGAGACUAUCGACGAGAACAGUGAUUUUGAAGGGCGUACUGUAGCUGCUUUUGCACUUACAUCUCCCCAAAAUCCAACAAAACCACAGGGGUUCAAAGAAUCAGAAUCUGCUAACACAAAUGUAGUAGUUAUGGAGAAUGGCCCUAACAAACCUAGCCAUAGUGCCCGAGCCAUGUCGAGAAGUUCUAGCAUUAGUGCGUCCGAGUGUAUAGGCUUAAAGGGAAGGGAUAGCGAGGAGAAAGUAUCCGACCAAAAUGAAGCAGGGGUCAGCGGAUUGUCACCAAAGCUGGCAGCUUUGUAUGCUUGAUUCUUUGCUUCCAGUCGGACAAUCAGUUGAAAUGCUUCAAAUUUAUAGCCACACCCCCAACUAUCCUCCCCCCCCCUCCCCCUCCCCCUCCCCCUAGGAAUUUCAUAGGUGUUGCUAAACUUAUGGUGUCCCCCAUUGAUGCAUUACUAUCAGUGUAACCAUUAAUUUUUCGUUUCAACUGUUCAUUAUAAACAGCUAUACCUGCAGAUGAAGCUGAGAAUUGUCAUUUUAAGGUUUUUUGUGGUCUUGAUGUUUCAUGCUUUCAUAUAAGCUCAUACUGCAGAUGCAUUAGGCUUUUUCUGGUUUGUUGCUUCUGUUUGGACCUAGAAAGAAAUAGAAGGAAGAUCAGGCAACUCUACAUUGGAUAAUACUGCAGUUCACAGAUUUUCCAGUGUUUAUCGUCUCAACCGGGACAAUUGACCUAUUCUUUAAAUUCAAAACCGUCUCCUUUUUU